UGAUGUUGAUCUCUGUCUUCGAUUGCAGUUGAACUUGUGAUCCAAAUAAAACGUGACAGAAGUCUGUGGUUUUACGUCAUCACGCUCCGCCAAUCACAAAGAGGAUACGGGCGUGGCUACAGUCUAAUGUCUUCUUACAAAGAAAUCCCAGCUCUGUUUGUUUGAUGGAGCCGCCAUUUCAAAGCAUCAAGAUAUUGCUUGAAAUUUUCUAAAUUUUGAUUUUAUAUUUUUCUAGUUCUUUUUAGUAGCAGUAAGACUGCGAAUACAUUUUUUUAAUCUACCUCAUUUGCAUUUUUCCCCGAAUAUGAAUGCUGACACAGAAAAGAACACUACAGGAAAUUUUAAAACUACAAAGGAGGAAUUGGAGACAUCGGCAGCUAAUACUUUUUCACGGGGUCAUGGCUUCAGAGGUCGAGGUCGAGGGGGGCGCAUGGGGCGAGGCAGCAUGCGUGGGGGGCGAGGAGUGAUCAAAGGUUUUGGACCGCCUGGACGUGGGAGGGGACGAGGAAAAGACGGGGCCGUGAAUGGAUUUGGCUCCAUGAGAGGAAUGGGAAGGAUGCGGCCAUACCCAGACAUGAGGGGCUGUAGAGGUCGGGGGGGACCUGUGGGUAUGGGUCCUCCUUUUCCCCCUCCUCCUCCUCCUCCUCCCAUGCACCUCAGAGGCCCUUUGCCUCCCAUGCCUAGGCAUGGACCCCGUCCUCCGCCUCCUCCUUGUUUUCCUGGUUUUAGAGGUCCCCCGCCCCUCCCAGGAGGGAUGCGACCUGCCAGACCUCCGCGCCCUUUCCAUCCACGUGGCCCGAGAGGGGGGGCACUCAGUACAGUGAACCUCCCGGCCCCUGGGACCCCGGUCCUCCCUCACACCUCUCUCCUCCUUCAUGAAUGACAUCUGGUUCAGGUCUUCGCUUGAAAAAAGGUGAGCACCCUGAUGUGUCUUUGUUCCUGUCUGAAAUCAGGAGAUUCUCUUUCAGGAACGAAGGUGGAACGGCUACAGGCUAAGCAGCAACAGGAUGAGGAGGAUUAUUAGGUACAUUCAUCUUUCAAAUAUUGAUAGCAGUGCUUUUGUCAAGAAAAACAAAGGUGCAAAUCAUUUAAAAUUGACACUUAUCAUUAGUUAAUUUUUUGUGUAGAAGUGGAAAAGUUGUCAAUGUAACCUAUUUUAUACAUUGUUCAACACUGAAAUCAAGAUUGAUUCCUUCUUUCAGUAAGAAAUGCAAGUAGUUUUUUAGGCUUUGUAAAGGAAUUACGAUGUAACCAGUGAGGGUUUUUGUGAAUUUGGACCAAAAUAAAAACUCUGAAGAAUACAGAAAUGUCUUAAGAGGUAAGGAUCUUUUUAGCUUGGAUUUCAUUAUGUCUUAAAAGGAAGCUACUAAAUUUUGCAUUGAUAAUGUGAUAACAGUUGUUUAGAGGGAAAGAUUACCUUACUAAAUUCCUGAAUGAUCAACGAUGGGAUGGAUUAGCUCUCAUCUGGUAUGGAUACAGUCACAUGGUAUUUCAGCAUCUAUUGUUAAUGUGCUUUUUUAUAGGAAAAGGUCAUUUAAAAAUCAUGCAAAUUUUGACAAUUUAAUAAAAGAAAAAAGUACGAGCUUGUGUGUCUUU